AUGCACCGCCGCCACGCCAACUGGACGUCCCUGCCGUCAUUCGCUCGCUUCGGGCCCUUCUCGUUCGCCACGUCCGGGAGCGUCGCCCCGGCGCACGUCCUGGAAGGCACCUCCAUGCGUUCCCUGAAGCGACUCGUCUCGCACACCGUCGGGGCCGGGGGCGACUCGUACGUCGGCAGGCACCCGCGCCAGGUGCCCUUCAUGGUCAUGGCGGUCACCACGGCGGGCGCCCUCGCCGUGGCUGCGGCAUCGCUCUGGCGCGCGCAGAAGCUCGAGGACGCUCUGGUAACCAAGACCGGGGGCGAGAAGUGA